AUGGAUUAUGAAGUCGAUAGGCAGCGGACGAAUAAUUCAAACACCACCGGGAACCCUGAAAAUCUUGCUAAUACAACUUUCACUAAUUAUGAUUUGAUUCCGGAUAUUCGUCAGCCGUUGUACAUGAUAUUGUUGUAUUCAAUUGCAUAUGGUUUAAUCUUCAUAUUUGCACUGUUCGGAAACCUAGUGGUGAUUAUAGUGGUAUGAAGAACACGCAGGCUUCAUACGUUGACAAAUUUCUUUAUUGUCAAUUUGGCCAUUGCCGACAUGCUCGUAGCAGUAUUCUGUCUGCCUAUAACACUUUUGGAUAGCUUAUAUAAUGGCUGGCGCUAUGGAGCGUUCCUGUGCAAGGCUACUCCCUACCUCCAGGGGGUGUCCGUGUGCGCAUCCGUCAACUUUCUGGCAGCCAUUGCAGUCGACAGAUAUUUGGCCAUCUGUUACACGCUAGAACACAAGAUGACUUGGCGAAUCGCGAGGACAAUCGUCUUCUUGAUAUGGACGUGUUCCUUAUGCAUCAUGAUCCCCUGGGCUCUCUUCUAUAAAGUAAAAACGGAUAUAAUCAGCACCCAAUUGUUUCACUUUUGUGUACAAGACUGGCCUGUUGAUAAUGGUGCUUCCGUGUUCCUGCUGGUCGUGUUUAUAGCUUGCUACGUUUUGCCUUUAGUUUUUAUUAUGGUUUGCUACUUAAAGAUAGCUAUUAAAGUGUCAACAAGAAACGCACCGGGAAUUUUUCGGUACAAUAACGUCAUUCAGAAGUCUAAAGUGAAGGUCAUCAAAAUGUUAGUUCUUAUUGUAUUUUUAUUUGCAUUUUCCUGGCUUCCUUUGUACAUAAUCUUCUUAAUGUUUUCGUUCAAUCCACCGCCUGAAAAAAGUUUGACCGCUGAUAUAAUGGUGAACAUUUUCACACCAAUCGCACAGUGGCUUGCGAUAUCCAACAGUUGCGUGAAUCCAAUUAUAUAUUGUUUCUAUAGCAAAACCAUUCGUAAAAGGACAGCAGCAUUGCUCUCGUGUUCCAAUAGCUUUGAACUGCACAGAAGGCAAAGUCGUUUUUCAAGUACAAGACUUAUGUCGGUCGACUAUUCUAAAGGCCAGAUUACUCUAAGGGUGAACAAAAGACGAUGUGGGACAAUGAAUCUGUUACACCAAACCAAUGGAAAUUAUGUUUGUGAAAGCACGUUUUAUGAUUGA